AUGGCUCAGAUAGACGACCAGGGCAAUCAGCCUCAGCAGGGUGUCCCCGACUUGGUGGAACAACUGCUUGUACUGGCAGACAAGAACAACGGUCAAGCGGAAUUGCUCCCGGUUCUGGAUCAGCUUGCCGUCGUUCUGAGAGAUGGACUGCUCAAGAGCCAAGACGAGCAGGUGCUGAGACAAGUGGGCAGAGUAGCAGCGAAUUUAGUCAUUGGUUGUGAUGAGAACCGAGAGCGUCUAAUUGUUGUCGGCUACAUAGACUCUGUGCUUUCGACAAGGGCUUUUGACUCACAGUCGCAGCCGGAGCCAGAAUCAUCGACAUUAUCACUAACGGCUUCGAUACAUAACUUGGUCGUUGAAAAGCAUGGUGAGUCCGCUAAAUCCCGGAAAAUAGCUGACCUGGUAGCCGCUGUUAUUUCCGCCUUAAAGCAAGAUUUACCUUUGCGGACACUCCUCGAAUUCGCCCGACGCUGGACAAACAUUUUCUAUGAGUUGGAUCCGUUAGACCCAACAGUCACGAUCAUACGUUGGACUUGGUCAAUACUUUCUAUCGUGCUUGAGGAACCCCCUUCGUCGCUCGAUGCUUCCACUUUUGAUAUCUUCAUCCUGCCCUUCUCUUCAACCUCGUCCGAUAUCGACACCCAUCUCCAUAUCAUCACUAGCGCAAGUGAUAUCUUAGAAGCCAUCUUGGCACCAGAAGGCCCAGUGCAUCAGCAAAUCCUACCUCAUCUGGAUGUCCUGCUAGAAUUCGUCGAGAAGGCUGAAGUUCCGGAAGAGGCGAAAGAGGAAACACAAGAUGAGGACGAAGGAAGCGAUGAAGACGAGACUCCCGAUCGUACCAAAUCUCUGGCAAGUGCCAAAGCAGCAAUCAUACGCGUGUUGGUCGGCCUUAGUUCCGAAAUACCGUCACUACUGGAGGGUGAUUCUUCCCUCUUACCUGUCAUACUACCCCUUCUUUCCCCGUUCACCCCGGCUACAACUCAACAUGCCGUUAUAGGCUUAGUGAGAAAUCUUUCGGUUCCUAUUGAAACGAAGACAAUUCUGGGCGAAGCGGGAGUGGUGGAGAGACUUGCCGAGAUGCAAGUAUGGUCUCAGGAGAAAGACCUGUUGGGUUCUGUUCAAGGUGGAGCUGCCGUGAUAUUGAAGAAUUUAUGUCGGAAUGAUGUCAAAAACUCUCAUCGUUUUCUUGCUCAACCACUCGACCCUCUCCUUGAUCUGAUCAAACGUGCGGAAGACCCAGCACUGACGUUCGAAUGUACGAGACUUCUGGUCAACAUCAUCAAGUCGCUCUCUUUGGCAAAAGAGCCAUUGAACCCUGUGGCAGACCAACGUAUCGUGGAUGCCCUAGUGCGAAUGCUGGUGGAUGGUGCUCAGUAUAUGAUAUUACAGAGUGAAUCGGUCAUUGCUUUGACGUUGCUGGCGACUUUUGGAGGAGGUCAAAUGAGAACCAUCGUUUCUGCAUCGCUCGAAGGUCCAGGUGUUCAAGCUGUACAAACGUUGGCGGAGAACCCUCGACGUGAGAUCAAGGAGAAUGCUCAAGCCUUACUCGAUUUUAUAGAUCGUUGA